CUUCCCCGGGUGCGCGGCGUCAUCGGCGCGCGCCGCCGCCGGGCCACGGCUGUUUCCGCUCCGCACGCCAGGCCCUGCCGCUCGCCGGGAGAGGCAUGUCGGGCAGCGCCGAGGGGCCGGCGGGGGGUCACAGCCCCCCGGGGUCCCCCACCGGCGGCGCCGCCGCCGCCGAGCCGCGGAUCAUCAAAGUCACGGUGAAGACGCCCAAAGAGAAGGAGGAGUUCGCCGUCUCUGAAGCCAGCAGUGUGCGGCAGUUCAAGGAAGAAAUCUCUAAGCGUUUCAAGUCCCACACUGAUCAGCUUGUGUUGAUAUUUGCUGGAAAAAUUUUAAAAGAUCAAGAUACUUUGACUCAGCAUGGAAUUCACGAUGGACUCACUGUUCACCUGGUUAUCAAAACACAAAACAGAUCACAAGACCAGCCAGCUCAACAAGCAAACACCACUGGGAGUACUGCUACCACAUCAACAUCAAGCAGUAGUACCUCAACAACAGCUUCAACAAAUAGUAACCCUUUUGGCUUGGGUGGCCUGGGAAGUUUGGCAGGUCUGAGUAGCCUGGGCUUAAACACAUCAAACUUUUCAGAGCUGCAAAGUCAGAUGCAACGGCAACUUAUGUCCAACCCAGAAAUGAUGGUUCAGAUAAUGGAAAAUCCAUUUGUUCAGAGCAUGCUUUCAAAUCCUGACCUGAUGAGGCAGUUAAUCAUGGCUAACCCUCAAAUGCAGCAACUGAUACAGAGAAAUCCAGAAAUCAGCCACAUGCUGAAUAAUCCAGAUAUAAUGAGACAGACACUAGAACUUGCUAGAAACCCUGCAAUGAUGCAGGAAAUGAUGCGAAACCAAGACCGAGCCUUGAGCAACCUUGAAAGUAUACCAGGUGGAUACAAUGCCUUGCGACGUAUGUACACAGAUAUUCAGGAGCCAAUGUUGAAUGCAGCGCAAGAGCAGUUUGGAGGUAAUCCAUUUGCUUCUUUAGUAAGCAAUGCAUCAGCAGGAGGGGACAGUCAGCCAUCUCGUACAGAAAAUAGAGAUCCUCUACCAAAUCCCUGGGCUCCUCAGUCUGACUCGCAGACUUCCACAACAAGUACCAGCACCAGUAGUGAGAGUGGUGGCAGUACUAGUGCUGGAAAUAGCACCUCUGGCAGUACAGGACAGAGCUCAACUGUACCAAAUUUGGGACCUGGACUAGGAGCUGGUAUGUUCAACACACCAGGAAUGCAGAGUUUACUACAACAGAUAACAGAAAACCCACAACUUAUGCAGAAUAUGUUGUCUGCACCCUAUAUGAGGAGCAUGAUGCAGUCAUUGAGCCAGAAUCCUGAUCUUGCUGUACAGAUGAUGUUGAAUAAUCCUUUGUUUGCUGGAAAUCCUCAACUUCAGGAACAAAUGAGGCAACAACUUCCAACUUUCCUUCAGCAAAUGCAGAAUCCUGACACGCUAUCAGCUAUGUCAAACCCUAGAGCAAUGCAGGCUUUGCUACAGAUUCAGCAGGGCUUGCAGACACUAGCAACAGAAGCACCUGGGCUUAUACCAGGAUUUAAUCCUGGUUUAAGUGGACUAGGAAACACUGGAGCUCGUACAGGGUCCACUGUACCUAGUUCUGUUCCCACUGAAAAUACAAGUCCAGCAUCAGGAACUGCUGAACCUGGUCACCAGCAGUUUGUCCAGCAAAUGUUGCAGGCACUAGCUGGUGCAAAUGCACAGCAGUUACAAAAUCCAGAAGUUCGAUUUCAGCAACAACUGGAGCAGCUGAGUGCAAUGGGCUUCCUGAACCGUGAAGCAAACUUACAAGCGCUAAUAGCAACAGGAGGAGACAUCAAUGCAGCUAUUGAAAGGCUGCUUGGCUCUCAGCCUUCAUAGCAGUGUUUCUUUAACUUGAAAAAAUGUAAUUUAUUUUUGAUAACAGCUCUCAAAUCUUUAAAAUAUUUGCUUUAUUUCAUUUUGACUAUGGGGAUUGUCAUAACUAAAAUUGGUCUGAUGCAUUUUAAGGUGGAGUGCAGUAGUUUUCUUCAAGAGGUGGGAAUCAGUUCAUAUUCACUCCAUUGCAUGCAUCACACUUCUUUGUUCUGCAUUAUUUGUGAUUUUUCUGAAACAAUAUCAGCUUUCACAGUUGGGUUAACAGGUUUUCUCUGACCUACAACUGUCCAAUUUAUUUACUACUUAAACAUUAGCCUUCAGUAGUAAUUUAUGUAGAAUAAAAAUUAAAAGGAAACAAAUUAAUUGAAGCUACAGUUUCUGGCUACCAAUACUGCUUAUUGUGAUUUUGGCAUGGUUUUUUUUUUUUUUUUGCUAGCAAAAUGCUGAAAGAUUUAUACCACUUGAGUAAUCUACCAUUUUUUGUUUUUAAUUUGUACAAAGUAUAAACACAAUAUAUACAAUGGAGACAGCUCAUUUCUAGAGUUUUGCACAUUGCAAUAGAAUGAUGUUAUAAGUAAUGCAAAAAAGCCAGGGGGAUAAAAUUUGUAAGACUUUUGAUGUAGAAUCUUCCAGCAUCUUUGGUAACAAUCUCAGCAAAAAUGCUUAAGCAAGUUCAGUUAAAAUAGACUAGAAUUACUGUUCUGGUUAUCUCUCUACAUCUGACUGUACAGAAACCUGCAUUGUAACAUUGUCUCAAUAUUCACAAAGAUUAACUGUAAAUUACCAUUGUGAAAAUUCAAGGGGCACACCUUGUGCUCUGGAACUUCUUCUAAGGCUUUUUGGCUUGUUCCAUUGAGAUGCUAACGUAUUCUGAUUUGUAAUUGGAAACAUUACUUUCAUUCAUGGUCAUGUGAUAUUCUAAUAACUUUUAACUACCAUGUAAAAAAUACUGUAUAUCUUUUGAGUUUAUAUUGGUAGUUACUUCUCUUGUGCACAGGUAAUGAAUAAAUUAAAAAUCUUUAAGCAUAUUAUCUCUGUGUGUUUGCAGUUGAUGAUUGGAUCGAAUUCAAGACGACUGAUCAGCUUAAGAGUUGGCAUUGGUGUAUAAGGUCUGGGAAUAUUCACCAGCUCUGGGCUAAGAUUAAUGAACAACUCUUGGGAGUGUGAGCUGGUGGGAAGAGAGUAAGAGGCAUGUGAUGUUAAAGACUACUAGCUUAGGUAAAGCGGAGGUAGCAGAGUAAAAGAUGCUACUGUGUGUGCUACUCGGUAGUAUCUGUUUUUUAUUAGUCUUCUGUGUCAGUGUAGUUGUAAACAUGCUUAUUGAAUUUCUCUACUGCUUUUACAUUAUUGUGGUUUGAACAGUCUUUUUCUUUCAGUGGUACAAGUAUAAUUCAGUUUGCUCUAAGCAUCAUUGCUUGCAGAUGGUUUAAAAUUACCCAGUUUAACUCAAAGUUGUUAAUCAAGUUGAUGAAGCAAAGAUAUAAUGCAAUAUAAAGGGAUGAGUUGAGCACACUUCAGCAUAUAGUGAAAUUUUAAAAAUUUUUGGCAAAGCCAUGUGUGCAGUAAUGUUGGCACUAACUGUGUUGUAUUCUUAUGACAGAAGUUUCACUCACUUUCCAAUAAUCUUGUCUCUUUCUUCACCAGUAAGUAAACUGAUCAGAUACUGCUGAUGCAUGGUACUGGGAAAAGUUCAGGAAGAUCUCUUGGCUGGCAGUUUCUGCCUUUGGAUCAAAGUCUCAUAGAUGGAGCAGCAUGGAGUGUUAAAUAAACAUAAAUAAAUUAAAAUAGAAUCUAUUGGUAAGAUGAAUUUAAGGUAACCAAAACCUUUAAAAAUACCUCCAGUAGUUUCACAAUGACUGUUUAUUAGGAUCUUCAAAGUAACUGAGUUGACUUGACUUUAUAGUGUGCCUUACUGAGACCAUGCUUUAAAAAAGUAAGACCCCCUCAUCAUUCAGGAGGCAGGUUCUUUUGAGAAUACAACCAGUGACAGCCAUAAAGGCUACUGUCAAAUGAAAGAGUGAGGGUGAGGUGGGAAAGAGAAUAAUUUUUACCAAGCUUUACCAAGACACUGUAACAAUGAAUCUAACUAGCAUGAACACCUCCUUGAGACAACAUUCUGUUCACCUAUGUAAGUAUUUCACUUGCAUGUUACAAAGAGACACUAUAUUUGACGUAAAACUUUAUUGCAGUUCAACAAGAGAUGAAGUUUGACCUAAAUUCUAUAUUAAGUCCUUGAGCUAAGUUUCCUUCUUGAAAUACAAUUGAUAUUUAGCAGUAACUGUUGUCAACUAGACAGCAGAUACUAACUUUCUUGUAAGCAGUGGUAAAACGCUGAGCCAUCUUCUGCAUGGGAGGAAUUUUAGUUUUGUCAGAAAACACAGUAAAUAGAACAAGAUUUAUAGGUAAGGUAGACUUCUUAUUACAACUUUAACAAUAAAAGAAAGAUCACACUUGUUUGUUUAAUAGCAUAUUAAAAUGUUCCUGCUCGUGUCCUGUCUGUCCCCCCCAUCCCUUUUCAAAAUUCUCUCUUCAGAAGUAUAAUCUGUAUAAUCUACCUCUUCUUUCAGAAACAAUCUUAUAAUUUACUCUGAGUACUUUGAUAACUUGUAUUUGAAAUCUGCAGCUUUCAUUUUAGACCAGAAGGGCAUGUGUGCAUGAGGCUUGUCUCUUUUCCUACUUUCUUCUUUUCCUCUACACAGGACAAAAUGAUCUUAUAUGAUUGUACAAAACUUCCUGGCCUGAUCAUCAACCUACUGCUAGAGAAAGUAAUGGCUGCAAAAAUAAGAAAGGAGAAAGUCAUGAUAGUGUGAACUGACAGAUGCCAUUUAAAAGAUUUAAAACGCAUAGAUUCAAAUCAAAUGCAGUUACAUUACUGUUGGGAAUAUGACAGCAUGAUGGCUAGUUUUGUAAAGGAUGUGGUCUGUCUAAUUGUCAUCUUGGUUUAGUGCCUGCGUAAUAAAACAACCACCUCAAUUUAGAGCUGAGUGGUGUCUACCCUUCCUGCCCUUAAUAUAUGAAUGGAUAUUCCUACUGGGAUCUAAAAUUUCAUUUUUAUUUCAUUGUUAUAGCAUUGCAAAAUAUUUAUG